AUGUCAACGGGAUCUACUGCCUCCACGACGACCCUUACUUUUCAGGUUGUCACAGAUCUGACCAUAUGCGUCCUCUCUCCGACAGAUUCUCUCUCCACCUGUGAACUCAACCCCGUAAUAUGGCACCGCAUAGAGAAGGAGCUCUACUUGCACACAUCUCAGCAGAGCGCAUGGCUAUAUGUAGCUCUAGCGAAUGAGGAUGACCUUGCAGCAGAAGACCUGCUGCUUGUGGAUAUCGCCAUCGGCGAGGCGCCUCCCCAUCCUAGCUCAGAUCGUUCAUGGGAGAGCCGACCUGGCGGAAUUUGGGUGCUGAGAAGCAAGUUCUCUGGGAAGAUUGAUAAUGUUGUGACAGAGGUUGAUGUUCUCUUUGGCAUAGAUGCCAUCGACCCACGACCACAAUGGACUCUCAUGCGCUCACCGCUCGAGCUUGACGUUCAGCCAAAUGUGCCGGUUGCAAGACUAAGCCUACUCCACGGCAGGGCCAAGCGGAGACCGGAUGAUCGAGCAGGUCUGAGAGUCAGAGAGGAUGGCAGAUUCAGAAUUGUCCAGAUCUCUGACACGCACAUGGUAACUGGCGUUGGGGUAUGCAGCGACGCUAUUGAUGCGCAUGGGAAAGAUCUCCCGGAAGGCGAGGCUGAUCCACUCACCGUGGAUUUCAUUGAAAAGAUCUUGGAUAUCGAAAAGCCAGACCUGGUAAUUCUCGCUGGAGACCAGUUACACCACGACAUCUCCGACAGCCAGUCUGCCCUGUUCAAGGUGGUUGCUCCUAUGAUCGUGCGUUCAAUUCCCUUCGCAGCUGUUUUUGGUAACCAUGACUGCGAGGGUACCCAUGCACUGACACGCACAGCACAGAUGGCAAUACUUCAAAAACUGCCUUUUAGCCUCUGCGAGUCAGGUCCACAGGAAGUUGACGGUGUAGGCAACUUCUACCUCCAGAUCCUGGCUGCCGCACCGUCACAGUGUCCAUUAUCGACGCUAUAUUUUCUAGAUUCCCACGGUCAGAUUCCGAGCAAAACAAUCCAUCCCGACUAUCAUCCUAUUACAGAAAGCCAAAUUGACUGGUUCACGAAUGUUUCCCAAGCGCGAAGAAGAGAUCGUGAGGAGAAUACCAACAGUCUCUAUCAUCUGUCUCUGGCUUUCCUUCAUAUCCCUGUUCCCGAAUUCGGAGAUCCUCGUCUAAACAUACGCAACGGCCAUCGGAGGGAACCGACAGAGGGCCCCAGUUUUAAUUCUCAUUUCUACGACGCCUUGGUUAAGGAAGGCAUAUCAGCACUGGGCUGCGGGCAUGAUCACGUCAAUGAUUUUUGCGCUCUGCUGCCACAAUCGCCGCAAGAUGGCAACAUAACUCCUCGCCCUGGGCCUUGGCUAUGCUAUGGAGGUGGUAGUGGAUUCGGGGGAUAUUGUUCGUACGGCAAGGAGCGAUUCCACCGCCGAAUGAGGAUUUGGGAAAUCGACACCACUACGGGGAGCUUGAAGACCUGGAAGCGGGUCGAAUAUGUUGUUGACAGAGUAGAUGAGCUGGUGCUCGUGGAAAAUGGAGUUGUGGUGUGA